UACAGUGAAGGACUGAAUAAGAGUUACCAACCGCAACAGGGGGAAAAAAGAAAAAGAAAAAUAAAAACAGUCGAACAUGCUCUGUUUAGAGUCAUCUCAUUCCUUUCUACUUGUGUCCUUCAAACCUCCUUAAAAUUUGAAGCUUAAAUCCCCACCUUCCAUUUUUGCUUAGCAAAAAUCUUACUUUCAUUUUCCCUCUAAUCUUCCAAUAUAUUUUCUUUGAGCUUCUUUUUUUACUACCAUCUGUCUAAAUCUACCAUUUCCUUCAACCUCUUCAAGGAAAAGAAAUAGUAAAAGCCAGGAUUUUUGUGAACUUAGCUCUAGUUUCUUCACUGACCCUUUGCUUCUCUUUGUCUGAUUUUUUUUAGAUGCAUACUUCUUGCUCAUCAUUUACAGCAAAAGCUAAACCUUGCUCAAACUUUUAUCAAGUCUAAUUUAUGUUUGAUCUAGUUUUUUCUCUAUCUAGUCUUAAAACUUUAUUCUGUUAACCCUUUUAGACCGAGUUGUUUGAUCAAACUCUAUUUUUUAUCUAUUUUUUGCACUUAAUUUUAGCUCAAAGUUUCAAUCUUUUUUUUUUUUUAGAAACAAGAAAAAUGGAUCCUAAGGUUUCACAAUUUGUGAUUCUUCUACCAUUAAUCUCUCUUCUUAUUGUUCAAACCCUCAAUGCCUUGGAUUCUUCUUCUGCUACAAUACCCAUGAAUUGUACGGACACAUCAAGAUUAUGCACAUCUUUUUUGGCUUUUAAGCCGCAGGGAAACCAAAGUCUAGCAGUGAUCCAGAGCAUGUUUGAUGUGAUACCACAAGACAUUACAGUUGAAGGAGAGGAUAGCCAUGGCUACAUAUUCAUAAAAAAGAACUGUUCUUGCUUGACAACCUCCAAGAAUUAUGCAACAAACACAACCUUUACAGUGAGAUCAAAUCAAGGGUAUGUCUAUGACAUGAUUUUAGAGGCUUAUGAUGGGCUUGCAAUGGUUCCAAAUGUUAGCAGGCCGGCAAGGAUUGGAGCUGUGGUGUCUUUGAGGCUGUUUUGUGGGUGUUCAAGUAGUUUGUGGAACUACUUGAUGAGUUAUGUGAUGAAAGAUGGGGACAGUGUGCAAUCUUUAGCUAGUAGAUUUGGGGUUAGCAUGGAUAGUAUUGAGCAAGUUAAUGGGAUUUCAAAUCCUGAUAAUGUCACUGUUGGUGCUUUGUACUAUAUUCCCUUGAAUUCAGCUCCUGGUGAACCGUAUCAUGUGGAGAAUGAGAUCCCCCCAGCACCUGUUCCUGCACCGUCAGCUGAUACAAUUUCAGAAAUUCAAGUAAGUCCUAAGGCUCAUGUGCCAUAUGGAUGGAUCAUCGGGGGAUUGGGUGUUGGCCUUGCUCUCAUUAUAUUAAGCAUAGUUGUUUGUGUUUCCUUGAGAUCAUCGAGCUGCUUUGUUGAAGCUCGAGGAAGUCAUGCCAAAGAUCAUGAUGACAAGAGUUCUCACAAGUUUCAUAUUCUUCGGAAACCAAGUUUCUGCUGUGGUUCAGGAAGAUACAUUUGUGGCAAGUCCGAGAAUUGGACCCAAACCAACGGCGAACCUAGUAACCACCAGAUUACUAUCCCAAAUGCUCUAGGAACUGAUGUACUUGAUGUUGAGAAGCCUGUGGUUUUCACUUACGAAGAUAUUCUUUUUUCAACCGAUGGGUUCUCAGAUUCUAAUCUACUUGGUCGUGGAAUCUAUGGUUCUGUUUAUUUUGGUUUCCUUCGGGACCAGGAAGUUGCUAUCAAAAGAAUGACCGCUACAAAGACGAAGGAAUUUAUGGCAGAGAUGAAAGUCUUGUGCAAGGUCCAUCAUGCAAAUCUGGUAGAGUUGAUUGGCUAUGCUGCAAGUGAUAAUGAGCUCUUUCUUAUUUAUGAAUAUGCUCAAAAGGGUUCCCUUAGAAGCCAUUUACAUGAUCCCUUGAACAAAGGUCAUACCCCACUUUCGUGGAUAAUGAGAGUUCAGAUUGCACUUGAUGCUGCUAGAGGCCUGGAGUACAUCCAUGAGCAUACCAAAACUCAUUAUGUUCAUCGAGAUAUCAAGUCAAGCAACAUCUUGCUUGAUGGUUCUUUCAGGGCAAAGAUUUCAGAUUUUGGUUUGUCAAAGCUUGUUGGGAAGACAAAUGAUGAGGAAGCAACAGCAACAAAAGUUGUCGGUACAUUUGGUUAUUUGGCACCAGAAUAUUUGAGUGAUGGACUUGCAUCAUCGAAAAGCGAUGUGUAUGCAUUUGGUGUUGUUCUGUUUGAGAUUAUAUCUGGAAAGGAGGCCAUCAUACGGACUGAAGGCAGUGCGAUGAAAAACACCGAAAGACGUUCAUUGGCAUCUAUUAUGUUAGCAGCUCUCCGGAACACACCAGACUUGUUGAGCAUAUCAAACAUGAAGGACUAUAUUGAUCCAAGUAUGCUGGAUCUUUACCCUCAUGAUUGUGUCUUCAAGAUGGCUAUGUUGGCCAAGCAAUGCGUGGAUGAGGAUCCUAUUGUACGACCGGACAUGAAACAAGUUGUGAUAAACUUGUCACAGAUCCUAUUAUCCUCAGUUGAGUGGGAAGCAACACUUGCUGGUAAUAGCCAAGUAUUUAGUGGGUUGGUCCAAGGAAGAUAGUUAUAGAGCAGAGGCCGCAUUUCGUCUUCAUACUUAUGUGUGCAUAGUUUAAUGAUAUUCCAGAAGGAAAAAAAAGGAGGAAAAAGAAAAAAGAGAAAAAUAUGAUAUGCUAGUAUUUAGGCAGCAUUCCUUGGUUUUAUCUCUUAUUUCAUCAUGUGUCAGUAUUGACGUUAGAUUACAUUUUAUGCGGGUGAAAAUUUUUUGAUGUAAAAUGCCACGUACAAGCAUUUUGGGUUAACGCUUGUUUAGUAGAUGGUUAUUUCCUUAUUUAUAUAAUUGCUGUUUAGGGUUAUAA